UCUACCAACAUGGGACAAACUAUCACCACCCCCAAAAGUUUAACUUUGCAGCACUUCAAGGAAGUCCGUGACAUCGCCCACAAUCUCUCGGUGGAAGUGCGGAAAGGAAAGUGGGACAUCUUCUGCUCAUCUGAAUGGCCCACCUUUGACGUGGGCUGGCCACGAGAUGGCACCUUUAACCUAGAUAUUAUUUUGCAGGUGAAGGCCAAAGUCAUGAAUCCUGGGCCCCAUGGGCAUCCAGACCAAGUCCCUUAUAUCAUCACGUGGGAAUCUCUGGUCAAGGACCCCCCACCGUGGGUGAAGCCCUUCUUGCCUCCCCCUUGCCCAAAACCCAUUCAUUCUGCCCCCCCUCUCCCGCCUCCAUUAGUUCCUACCCCAGUUAACUCCACCCUUUACCCAGUCCUUACGAAACCUACUCCAGAAAAGGACCCUAGCCACAAGAAGACACCCCCAGUCCUGCCGGCGGAUGAUGGCCCCCUACUGGACCUGAUGACCGAACAACCCCCUCCUUACAGGGGCCCAAACCCGGCACAGGAACCAGGGGAGGCAACCGCCAGAGGGGGACCCCAGGGAGAGCCCCCCUCGUCCCCGGUGGCUGGACGCUUAAGGGGAAGACGAGAAGUCACUCCCGAUUCCACAUCCCAGGCCCUACCGCUACGGAUGGGGCCUGACAGCCAGCUCCAAUAUUGGCCCUUUUCUGCGUCUGAUUUAUAUAAUUGGAAAAAUAAUAACCCUGCUUUUUCGAAGGAUCCCUCUAGGCUCACUGCAUUGAUAGAGUCUAUUUUAGUGACUCACCAGCCCACCUGGGAUGAUUGCCAACAGCUGCUCCAGACGCUGCUGACCACUGAGGAAAAGCAGCGGGUUGUCAUAGAGGCACGUAAAAAUGUUCCAGGAGACGAUGGACAACCCACCCAGCUGCCACACAGAAUAGAUGCGGCUUUUCCCUUGGAGCGACCGGAUUGGGACUUCUCCACUGAGCGCGGUAGGGAACGCCUACGUCAAUAUCGCCAGUUGCUCAUGGCGGGUCUCCGUGGGGCCGCAAAGCGCCCAACUAAUUUGGCCCAGGUUAAAUUAGUGACUCAAAAGUCUGAAGAAUCUCCCUCUGCCUUCCUAGAACGCCUCAAGGAGGCAUAUCGUGUGUAUACUCCCUACGAUCCAGAUAGUCCGGAUCAGGCAACUAACUUAGCCAUGUCUUUCAUUUGGCAGUCAGCCCCAGAUAUUAGACGGAAGUUAGAAAGACUUGACAAUUUAAGAGAGAAUACAGUGCAGGAUUUGCUGAAGGAGGCAGAGCGGAUUUAUAACAAGAGAGAGACACAGGAAGAAAGGGACGAAAGGCUGAAGAGAGAGGCAGAAGAAAGGGAGAAUGACAGGGAGCGGAAGAGAAAUAAAGAGUUUAGCAGGUUGUUGGCCACUGUAGUGACAGAACAAAGGCAGAGUAGACAGGACCUGGGAGGCCGUAGGGGUCCCCGACUGGACAAGGAUCAAUGCGCCUACUGCAAGGAAAGAGGGCAUUGGGCCCGAGACUGUUCCAAGAAGCCAAAGGGCCACCAAAAGGGACCUCAAAGACCCAAGCCUCAGACCAAUUUGCUCAAUCUGGAAGACUAGGGGUGUCGGGGUCAGGAGCCUCCCCCUGAACCCAGGAUGACUCUUAACGUGGGGGGGCAGCCUGUCACCUUCCUGGUGGACACCGGAGCCCAACAUUCGGUACUCACCACCUCACCGGGACCCCUAACUGACAAAUCAGCAUGGGUUCAAGGAGCAACCGGAGGAAAGAGGUACCGUUGGACUACCGAGAGGAAGGUACAACUCGCCACCGGUAAGGUAACUCACUCCUUUUUGCACGUCCCUGAUUGUCCCUACCCCCUGCUGGGGAGAGACCUACUUAUGAAACUUAGGGCACAAAUCCACUUUGAGGGGACUAAAGCCCAUAUUACCGGGCCGCAGGGACAGCCCUUGCAUGUGCUAACCAUGCACUUACAAGAUGAGUACCGGCUCCACGAGCCUGAGAAACCUGAGUCGCAGGAUGUGACUAGUUGGCUAGAGAAAUUUCCCCUGGCUUGGGCGGAGACUGGAGGAAUGGGUCUCGCCAUUCACCAACCGCCCUUGGUGAUUGCUCUAAAGGCAUCUGCGACUCCUGUCUCUAUCAAACAAUAUCCAAUGUCACAUGAGGCCUACCAGGGAAUCAGACCCCACAUUCAGAGACUUUUAGAUCAGGGCAUAUUGGUACCGUGCCAAUCUCCUUGGAAUACGCCUCUCCUUCCAGUCAAAAAGCCAGGAACAGGAGAUUAUCGCCCAGUACAGGACUUAAGGGAAGUCAACAAAAGAGUGGAGGACAUACACCCCACAGUCCCCAACCCAUACAAUCUGUUGACUGGGCUUCCCCCGAGAUAUGUUUGGUAUACAGUCCUGGACCUCAAGGAUGCUUUCUUCUGUUUGAGGCUCCACCCAAAGAGCCAAUCUCUUUUUGCCUUUGAGUGGAAGGAUCCAGAGCUGGGAAUAUCGGGCCAGCUUACUUGGACAAGAUUACCACAGGGGUUCAAAAACAGCCCCACCCUUUUCGAUGAAGCUCUACACCGGGACUUGGCUGACUUCAGGGUCCAUCACCCUACCCUAAUUUUACUCCAGUAUGUGGAUGACCUCCUCCUGGCUGCAGAAACUGAGAAAGAAUGUAAGGAGGGAACAGAGGCCCUUUUGAGAACUUUAGAAAUUCUAGGAUACAGGGCCUCAGCCAAAAAGGCCCAGAUUUGCCAAAGACAAGUUACUUAUUUGGGAUACCAGAUCAAAAAUGGGCAAAGGUGGCUGACCGAGGCACGGAAACAGACAAUUUUGGGAAUUCCAGAACCCAAAAAUCCGAGGCAGUUAAGAGAGUUCCUAGGUACGGCGGGGUUUUGCCGCCUCUGGAUCCCGGGGUUUGCAGAGAUGGCCGCACCACUCUACCCCCUUACCAAACAAGGAACUCUCUUCACUUGGGGGGAUGAACAACAGAGGGCCUACGCAUCAAUAAAAGAGGCCCUGCUAACUUCCCCUGCAUUAGGAUUGCCGGAUUUAAACAAGCCCUUUGAGUUGUUCGUGGACGAGAGACAAGGGUAUGCUAGAGGAGUCCUAACUCAAGGACUCCUCUACCUGUCUAAGAAACUCGACCCAGUGGCCUCAGGUUGGCCCCCUUGCCUACGGAUGGUGGCUGCGAUCGCCCUCUUGCUCAAGGACUCUGGCAAACUGACUAUGGGGCAGCCAGUAACUAUCCUGGCUCCACAUGCGGUUGAGGCCCUGGUAAAACAACCUCCGGGCCGAUGGCUCUCUAAUGCCCGCAUGACUCAUUACCAGGCUCUGUUACUAGACACUGAGAGAGUGCAAUUUGGUCCUGUGGUAGCCCUCAACCCAGCAACGCUGCUUCCCCUACCAGAAGGUCCAGAAGUUCAUGAUUGUCUCCAGAUACUUACAGAGGUACAUGGCACCCGACCUGACCUAACUGACCAACCCCUUUCGGAGGCCGACUUCACCUGGUUCACCGACGGGAGCAGUUUCCUGGACAACGGAGAGCGGAGAGCAGGGGCUGCGGUCACCACCGAAACUGAGGUAAUAUGGGCCAAGGCCCUACCACCUGGAACCUCAGCUCAACGGGCCGAACUCAUCGCCCUGACCCAAGCCCUCCGAAUGGCGGAAGGUAAGAAGCUAAAUGUCUAUACAGACAGCCGUUAUGCCUUUGCUACUGCUCAUAUCCAUGGAGAAAUAUAUCGAAGAAGGGGACUGCUUACCUCCGAAGGGAAAGAGAUUAAAAAUAAGACGGAGAUAUUGGCCUUGUUAGAGGCUUUGUUCUUACCCUCGAGGCUGAGCAUUAUUCAUUGCCCAGGUCACCAAAAGGGGGACAGCUUGGAAGCCAGGGGCAACCGCUUGGCGGACAUGACAGCCAGGGAAGUAGCGAUGCAAGGAAAUUCAGAGGCUCCCCGCCUCAUGGCCAUAGAUCUGGCCAUGGCAGAGGCCCACUCCGUCCAAAAACCCUCCUUCCAUUUCCAUUAUACUGAGGAAGACCAAAACCUCCUCAAAGGAAUGGGGGCCACAUACAACCCCACAACAAGACUCUGGACUUUGAACGAGCGACCUGUGUGGCCCCUACAACAGACCCGGGACCUGAUCAAGUAUCUCCAUCAACUGACCCAUCUUAGCUCCAAAAAGAUGAAAACCCUCCUGGACAGAGAGGAAAACGCCCACUAUCUGCUAGGUAAAGAUAAAAUCCUACAAGAAGUAGCUGAAGAAUGCACGGCAUGUGCCCGAGUCAAUGCAAGCUGCAACAAGAUCGGUGCGGGGGUCAGGGUCCGAGGACACCGCCCUGGCACUCAUUGGGAGAUAGACUUCACCGAGGUGAAACCUGGACUCUAUGGGUACCGGUACUUACUGGUAUUUAUAGACACUUUUUCUGGGUGGGCAGAAGCCUACCCUACUAAACAUGAGACUGCCAGAGUUGUCACCAAGAAACUUUUAGAAGAAAUCUUCCCUAGGUAUGGAAUGCCGCAAGUACUGGGCUCUGACAACGGGCCUGCCUUCGUCUCCCAGGUAAGUCAGUCAGUGGCCACAUUGUUGGGGAUUGAUUGGAAAUUACAUUGUGCAUACCGCCCCCAGAGCUCAGGGCAGGUAGAACGUAUGAAUAGAACUAUUAAGGAGACUUUAACCAAAUUAACGCUUGCAACUGGCGCUAAGGACUGGGUAUCCCUCCUUCCCCUAGCGUUGUAUAGGGCUCGAAACACUCCGGGCCCCCAUGGGCUCACUCCUUUUGAGAUCUUGUAUGGCGCCCCGCCACCAGCUGCCCAUUUCUUUGACUCUGGAAUAGCCUCCUUUGCUGAUACCCCCUCUCUUCAAGCUCAUUUGCAGGCUCUACAGCUUGUGCAACGGGAGGUUUGGAAGCCUCUGGCGGCCGCGUAUCGAGAGCAGCUAAGUCAACCUGCGGUCCCGCACAAAUUCCAGAUUGGAGACGUGGUUUGGGUACGGCGACACCAGACAAGGAACCUGGAACCACGCUGGAAAGGACCUUACACUGUUCUGCUGACGACACCCACAGCUCUGAAAGUAGACGGCAUCUCCGCCUGGGUCCACGCCUCCCACGUCAAGGCCGCCACCCCUGAGCAGCCGCCUGACGCCUCAGACUCGGGAACCCGAUGGAAACUCCACCGCACUCAAAAUCCUCUCAAGAUAAGACUGACUCGGGGGGGGAAACCCUAA